AUGGGGGGCAUGGUCUUGUAUGCAUGGACUGGUGUUCUCAAAGUGUUCUGGAGCAGAAAUAUCCAGGCUUCCCUUUUAUCCCCAACCACCACCACCACCACCACUGCCACUGCCACUGCCACUGCCACUGCCACGAGCAGCUCUGGUACCUCUGCUGGUAUCACCGCCUCUACCGCCGUUGAUUGGGCGACGAUCCAUUUCCCCGGCGGCAAACGAGAGCCUGUCACUCGGACGGACAAGCAUCACGGCGACUAA